AUGAGAGGCUUCAUCGGUGCCGUGGCCGGCCUGGCCGCUGUCGCCAGCGCCACCCCAUCCCUCUCCGUCCAGACCGUCCACGACGGCAUGGCUCCCGUUCUCUCUUCCACCAACGCUGAGGCCGUUCCCAACUCAUACAUCAUCAAGUUCAAGAAGCACGUCUCAGACUCCGGCGCUUCGGACCACCAGAGCUGGGUUCAGAAGAUUCACUCCUCCGCUCAGGACGAGCGCCUCGAGCUGCGCAAGCGCGGCCAGGAGACUCUGGUCGGUGAUGUCUUCCACGGCUUGAAGCACACCUACAAGAUUGGCAAGGACUUCUUGGGCUACGCCGGUCACUUCGACGAGGAGACGAUCGAGCAGAUCCGCAGGCACCCUGACGUUGAGUUCAUCGAGGUCGACUCGGUUGUCCACACCCAGGUUCCCGUCAAGUCCCAGGUUGAGGACAAGUGCGACGGCGAGCUCGAGAAGCUGGCCCCUUGGGGUCUGGCUCGUGUCUCCCACCGCAAGUCUCUGGGCUUCGGUACCUACGACAAGUACCUUUACGCCUCUGAUGCUGGCGAAGGUGUCGACGCCUACGUGAUUGACACUGGAACCAACGUCGACCACGUCGACUUCGAGGGUCGUGCCAAGUGGGGCAAGACCAUCCCCUCUGGCGACCAGGAUGUCGAUGGCAACGGCCACGGAACUCACUGCUCCGGCACCAUCGCCGGUAAGAAGUACGGUGUCGCCAAGAAGGCCAAUGUCUACGCUGUCAAGGUUCUCCGCUCCAACGGUUCCGGUACCAUGUCCGACGUCGUCAAGGGUGUCGAGUGGGCUGCCACUUCUCACACCGAGCAGGUUCAGGCCGCCAAGGAUGGCAAGCGCAAGGGCUUCAAGGGCUCUGUCGCCAACAUGUCUCUUGGUGGUGGCAAGACCCAGGCUCUCGACGCUGUUGUGAACGCUGCCGUCGACGCCGGUAUCCACUUCGCCGUCGCCGCUGGCAACGACAACGCUGACGCUUGCAACUACUCUCCCGCUGCUGCCGAGAAGGCCGUCACUGUCGGCGCUACCGAGCUCGGCGACCGCCGCUCUUACUUCUCCAACUAUGGCAAGUGCACUGACAUCUUCGCCCCCGGCACCAACAUCAAGUCCACCUGGAUUGGCUCCAAGUACGCCGUCAACACCAUCUCCGGCACUUCCAUGGCCUCUCCCCACAUCUGCGGUCUCCUGGCCUACUACCUCUCUCUCCAGCCUGCUUCUGACUCUGAGUACGCUGUUGCUGCCAUCACCCCCGAGAAGCUCAAGAAGGCUCUGAUCUCCGUCGGAACCGUCGGUGCCCUCAGCGACAUCCCCCGCGACACCCCCAACGUCCUCGCCUGGAACGGUGGUGGCUGCAACAACUACACUGCCAUCGUCGAGGCUGGCAGCUACAAGGUUGAGCAGGCCAAGGAGGUCACCAUUGACGACCUCGAGAAGGCCAUUGAGGAGGACUUCGAGGUUCUCUCUGGCAAGGUUGUCAAGGGUGCCAAGAACGUCGGCAACAAGGCCGAGAAGUUCGCCAAGAAGAUCCACGAGCUCGUGGACGAGGAGCUUAAGGAGUUCCUCAAGGAGACUGCCUUGUGA